AUGUCAAGCCUCAUCUCGGUGUGCCACAGUGCGUUAAGCCAGCAGUCAGCACAUGCGAAUUUAUAUCGCCAUAUUGCCGCUCUACUCACCCGUGGGACCGAUGACGAUGGCAAAGGGUCAAAGGUUAUUGCUGUGACGGGGAGAUCCACUCUUCAAGGCACAUUAGUGGUGAUCAGCGCGGAGGACCGUGACGAGGAUGCCGGAGACACGGACGCUGCUGUCACUGGCAGUAUGCUAGGAGCAACACAAAAAUCCCGACCGGAAGAGAACUUAUCGGAAGAUUUGGAUAUAGACUGGAUCCCUCGGAGCGAAAAGAAGUUGUCCGACCUUCGAAGCUCGAACGAUUUUGAUCUCGGCAUCGCAUUGAAGGAUCAUAUCAGCGAUGUUAUUGCAGCUCUUCGGGAGGUACCUCAUCGAAGUGAUCCCUCUUAUUCGACAUGCGUCAAAUCCUUCCGCCAUUUCGUCCUCAGGAGGAACUGUCAGACGAUGCUCCGGCGUUUUCAGGUGAGGCACAUAUUUUGGGAGGAGGAUCUAUUCGAUCUUCUUGAACCUUGGACUCCCGAGCCUGGGGAGACCCUUGAUGAAAAGUUUGUGCCCGCUUCGCGGGUUGGCAGAUAUAUACCGACCCCAGAUAUACCACUGGUCCGUCGAGGGGAUCGGGACAUGUUCGCCGUAACUAUCGAAACGCCUCGUCCUUGGCUUAGGAGUCUCGCCUCGUACAUCCUCAUUACCCUGGAUGCUCUGCAGUCUUUCAACGACGUGAUCAAUAGCAGCAAUCAGAAGGAGAAUUCACAGCUUUUGGACAAUUUGGUGGCAAAUAGUAUCGGCCCCAACACGCUCUUAUCCGCGCAUAUAUUUGAUUCGCUUUUCGUAAUACCUUCGCUUGUGGACCUUUUGCAGCGCAAACGAGCCACUUUACAGGUAGGCCAGGCGGUAUAUGAAGAACUAGAGGAAUUGGACCCCGACGGCGAGGCCUUUCCUCUGCGAUACAUUCGUUCGCUGGUGGCGUGCCAUACAGCCAUCCAUUUUUUGACGUCUCGCAAGAUAUUUCUCGGCAAUCGGCCACUGGAUUUCGCCCUUAUCCGAGUCCCGCAUCCUGAUAAGGACCUGGCUCCCGUGAAAGAAGUGAUGGAUAAUAAUUUCCUGACCUCGGUUAUGCAACGCAUCUUCCCUACAGGCCAGGUUGCAGCAGACGAUGAGAAGGAGUUCGCUCUGCAGGUGCUUCGUGCCGCUAUUCCUUCUGCAAUCAAGUCAUUUCAUGGCUCGGUGCACUGCGAGGCGAGCCUCAUGGCUAUCAAAGCUGCAGCUAAUGCAUCUGUUGCUACGUCUGGUAUUGGCACUAUUUUCUGUGUAUGUUUCGAUCAUUCCGAAAUGUAG